AUGGUCGACUGUAUGAGCAAAGUCAUGCUGCACACGGUCGUCUCAUGCUGGCAACCAUUCCUGGGACUGGCCCUCGUGGCUGUCUUUGUGGGUUCCACCCUGGGAUGUCCCUCGCGCUGCGAGUGUACAGCGCAGACCAAGGCAGUUGUCUGUCACCGCAAGCGCAUGCCCAGCAUCCCGGACGGCAUCCCGACCGAGACCAGGAUCCUGGACCUGAGUAAGAACAAGCUAACAAUGAUCAACCCUGAUGACUUUUUUGUCUUUCCGGGGCUUGAGGAACUUGACCUCAGUGGAAAUAUAAUCAGUUAUGUUGAGCCUGGAGCUUUUAACGCCCUGUUUACCAUGCACUCACUCAGUCUCAAGAGCAAUCGUAUCAAGCUCAUUCCUCUGGGCGUCUUCACAGGCUUAACAAAUCUCACCCGACUGGAUAUAAGUGACAACAAGAUCGUCAUCCUACUGGAUUACAUGUUCCAGGACUUGCACAAUUUAAAGUUUUUGGAAGUUGGUGACAACGAUCUGGUUUACAUUUCUCACCGUGCGUUCAGUGGACUUUUAAGCCUGGAGAUGCUCACCUUAGAAAGGUGCAACCUUACAGUUGUACCCACUGAGGCCCUUUCCCACCUGCAUAACCUGGUCAGCCUCCAUUUACGAUACCUCAGCAUCAGCACCUUGCAUUCUUACUCAUUCAAAAAGCUGUUCCGGCUGCGGCUUUUAGAAAUUGAUAAUUGGCCCGCACUAGACCACGUGCCGGCCAACACCCUGCAUGGCCUCAACCUGACCGCUCUGUUCAUAACACACACCAACUUAUCCUCCUUCCCUUACCAAGCCCUGAAGCAUCUGCCCUACCUGACACACCUCAACCUGUCCUUCAACCGCAUCAGACACAUUGAAGGUGGGAUGCUGAUGGAACUGGUACGGCUUCAAGAGCUCCAUCUGGUAGGAACUCAGCUAACCACCAUUGAACCGUAUGCCUUCCAGGGCCUUCGAGGGCUAAAAGUCCUCAAUGUCUCUCACAACCGACUGGAUACACUGGAGAAGGGUGUUUUUCAGUCUCCUGAGGCUCUGGAGGUUCUUCUGAUUGACAACAACCCCUUGGUGUGUGACUGUCGUCUCAUGUGGAUCCUACAGAAAAGGCACUCUAUCUUCUUUGGGGAAUUGCAGCCAGAGUGCAGCACACCUGAAGGUAUUCGUGGCAGGCCUUUUAAAGAGUUUAAGGAGACUCUGCUGUCUUAUUACGUGACAUGUACCAAGCCAAAAAUUCGAGAGAAUAAAACACAGACGAUCACUGUGGAUGAGGGCCAGCAGGCGAUGUUGCGCUGCAGUGCUGAAGGAACACCAAGGCCCCUGGUGUCCUGGUUGUCCCCCCGUCGACGAGUUCUGACAAGUAGGAGCCAUGGAAGAGUUACCGUCCACAACAAUGGUACACUGGAGAUCAAGUCAGCAGAGGUGCAAGACAGCGGUGUGUACCUUUGCCUUGCGUCCAACAGUGCUGGGAAUGACACCCUAAUGACUUCAUUGGCGGUGAAAAGUCUGGGAUCACUGUAUGCUAACAGGACCCAGUACUACACAGAUCCCAGUAAUACCACUGCCAACGGCACGGCCGGUGUGACCCUCGGUUUAGACCUAAAGACUAUUUUAGUAUCAACUGCUAUGGGUUGUUUCACAUUCCUGGGAGUGGUCUUGUUUUGUUUCCUGCUGCUUUUCGUUUGGAGCAGAGGGAAAGGAAAACAUAAAAACAACAUAGAUGUUGAAUAUGUGCCUCGGUCAAAGUCUAACGGCACUAACGUUGACUGCGCAGAUGGACAAGCUGGUCCUCGUCGUUUUAACAUGAAAAUGAUGUGA